UUGUCUUUAAAAAAAAUGUUUUGUGAAAGUUAAUAAUAUAAAUACUCGUGAAGUUAGCUUUAGUAACAUAACCUCUUUUUUAACCUACAAAUUAAUGAUGCAAAAAACACUUCAACUCUAUAUUUAUUUCUACAUUUUGAUUACAAUAAAAGCAUGUUUAAAUAUAACCGUAUCUUUAAAUCAAAAGAUUGAAAAUCCCGGAUUUCAUAAAACAAUUAAUUGGUUACUAACUUUCGAUAACGAUAUUAAAGAGUUAAAAACCGACUUUGCGUUUGCUUUGUAUUUAAAAAUACCCCCAGGAAUUUAUGUGAAUCCCGAUGAAUUUGCCAGUUUGGUGCGGCAAAAAGAAUUAAAUGGGAGAUUAAUCGGAAAAGUGAACACUGAGUAUGCAAUGCAUUUAUCUGAUAGUCAUGAAGUAAUGUUGUUUUUUGAAAUGGAUGGGAAUGAUGUGGUUUUGAGUUUACCCAUACAUUUGCGGUAUCAAAAAGCAAGCUUUGUGGAGGAAUUUGGUGAAGUACUGCUUGAAAAACCAAGUUUAUUUGCGAAUUAUUUAGGAACAAACACAAGUUGUGAUCUAAACAAAAAUAAAGGGGUUGAGUUACCUUGUAGUGAUUCAAAUGGGGAUUGUAAAUGGGUUAGCAUAACUUACAAAGGAGUUUUUGAUGAAAGUAUCUUAUUAGUUCCAAUUGGAAAUUUAAAUCAUUAUCCGAUUGUUGCAAUAAGUACCAUAUUGUUGGGUUGUUUAGGUUGCUUAUAUAUUUUAUCAAUGCUUAUGAGUACGAAAUUAAAAAGGGAAUAAAUUAAUUUACAAUUAAA